AGUAAGGGAAAUAUGGGGUAGAAGAGGUGGAGAUAGUGUGGUUUGGUGGGUGUAUGGGAGGGAUGAAUUUUGGUGGAGUCGGUGUGAAUCUUUUUGUGUAGAAAUGUUCCCGAGAACCGACCAAAAUGGUAGCAUUGACUUUGAAGACGAAACAAAUGACUCAUCUAUUCAAACUAAUAGAGCUCCAAUAAGAAGAAGGAGAGUUAAAAGAUAUAAUAAGGAGGAACAAGAGCUCAGAGAUGAAUUAAAAGGGCUGAUUCACAAAGCUUUUGAUCUUAACCUUAUUUUGCUUUCUUAUGUUGGUUCAACAUUUGCAACCAAGCUUUGUACUGCAGUUUAUUUCCAUUGUAUUGGAGUCUAAACUCACAUGGCGUUAUUAGG